AUGCUAAAAUGCGGGGAUGCACUGCAUCCUGCUCGCUUCGCCCCCUCCGUGGAUGCAGUUGCAGGUCCAGAGCCUCGGCGCGCAGCAGCUGAGGACCCCCCCGCUGCUCAGAACCUGACAUUUCUGAAGAACCCGCGUGUUCAACUCAACAACCGGUUUCGCCACCGGGAGAGCGAACCACCGUUCCCCAUCCAGACCUCAGACCGGGCUGGAUCAUGCUUGAACGGGCAUUUUUCAGGCUCUACCAACAGAAUGGAGGGGGGCCUGACCAAAGAAACUGGAAAGGAUAGUCUCUCCAACUUGCAAAAAGAGUUGCUACGGGUGUUUAAUUCAAGCAAGGAUUUUAAAACCAGAAUUUGUGUAAUCUGGGGUCUUCACUGCCACAGAAAACAUUAUUUUGUUUUUCAGAUGACUACUUUGGGCAACCUGACACCCUCAAGCACUGUGUUUUUCUGUUGUGAUAUGCAAGAGCGAUUCCGGCCUGCCAUCAAGUAUUUUGGUGAUAUCAUCAGUGUGGGCCAACGACUGCUCCAAGGUGCACGGCUCUUAGGAAUUCCAGUUAUUGUAACUGAACAGUAUCCCAAAGGUCUUGGCAGCACUGUGCAAGAGAUUGAUUUAACAGGAGCUAAACUUGUGCUUCCCAAAACAAAAUUUUCAAUGGUGUUGCCAGAAGUCGAAGCAGCAUUAGCAGAGAUCCCUGGAGUCCGCAGCGUAGUCCUGUUCGGAGUAGAAACUCAUGUCUGCAUCCAGCAAACAGCAUUGGAAUUAAUUGGCAGAGGUCUGGAAGUUCAUAUUGUAGCUGAUGCCACCUCAUCAAGAAGUAUGAUGGAUAGAAUGUUUGCUCUUGAGCGUCUUGCUCGUACUGGAAUUAUAGUUACUACUAGUGAAGCUAUAUUGCUGCAGCUGGUAGCUGAUAAAGAACAUCCAAAAUUCAAAGAAAUCCAGAAUCUCAUUAAGGCGAGUGCCCCUGAGUCAGGGCUCCUUUCCAAAGUUUAAAGGGGAUGUGGAGGAAGUGGAUCACAUUGUCAUCUUUAAGGAAGAAGGAAAGCUGUAAGCGCACAUGUACACCUUCUUUCAGUGAGUUUGGUAGAAGUGUAAAAUCAAAAAUUGACAUACUUGUGCUUGCCUUAGCAAAAUUGUCUGGUUAUACAUGCCAAUAUGUUCUGUUUAGUUACAGCUGUCAGAGGCUUUGGGUGCUGUAGGACCCUUUUAUUGUCAAAUUUCCUUAUUUAUUUAAAAAACAAUAAUUAACAGAGGUGCCUGCUAGUCUAUACUCUACACUGAUUGUAACAGCUCCAAAAAGUGCGUAUAUCUGUGGCACCUGUUGACUGUGCACUUCGUAGCAGCGUUCUGUGAUAUUCUGUUUUACUUUUGUAUUAAUAGAAGAUAAUUAUGUAUUGGAUAAAUGUGAUGUGAUACGCUUUAAUGUUCUAUGUAAAUGAAGUAUUUUAAUAGGGCAUAAGUUAAAACAGAGUAAGAUAUAUGAACUACAUGUGCGCUUUUGUUCUCUAGGAUAAAAUAUAAGCGCUUUGCUUUGUAGACAGGAGACAUAGAUCAAGCAGCAGCUGUUGUUUGAUUGCUCUAGGUAGCUGAAGCCUGCAUCAUGACUUCUGGUAAUUCUGAAAUUGACUGCCCAGCCCUGUACUUCACUUAAGUGUACGCAAACAGAAAACUGUCAUUUAAGGAGUUCUUUAUAAACAACUGGUGUAGUAAACAAAUAGUUCAGAACUGGCAUAUUACCAAAACUUUAAAUAAAUUGGCAAUGCUAAGGAUA